GUCAUCGUCCCCCGCAUUUCCAUGCACCCCAGCAUCCUCGUGGAUCCAACCAGGAGUGAGCUUCCCCCCACGUCCGGCCCUCCCCCGGAUUUCAGGUGCUUUUCUGCUUCCCGGUGGCUCUCUGACAUUCAUCCUCACACACCGUGUCUUGAAUAACCCCUAUCUUUCGGCAUAUAUAGCGGCGGGUUUUCCUCCCAUCAUGAUGGACUCUACAACACAGUUGUUGGUGUCUUCUGUUCUCCCGUGCGCCAAUUUUUCUACACUUAACUCAUCAUGGCGGAGAAGGUCAUCACCGACCACGACGCCAUGGGCGAAAAAGCCGAGGUCGCCCACGAGGAGCUCGCUCAAUUAGCCCAGCUGACGGAGGAAGAAAAGGUACUAGAGAGGCAACUGCGGCGACAGAUUGACACCCGUAUUAUGCCAUUGGUUAUCCUCGUCUACCUAAUGAACUACAUUGACCGGAAUAAUUACGCCGCUGCCAAGCUUCAAGGCCUAGAACAGGACCUUUCCCUCAACCAACAAAAGUAUGAAACGGGGCUUUCCAUCCUCUUCGUCGGCUACAUCCUCAUGCAGGUCCCCUCCAAUCUGCUUCUCAAUUACAUGGGCCGCCCUUCGCUCUAUCUCGGCUUCUUCACCACAGCGUGGGGUCUGGUUUCGGCCUUGACCAGUCAGGUCACAAACUAUGGGGGCAUCGUGGCCUGUAGGUUCAUUCUUGGAUUGGUUGAGGCGCCUUUCUUCGCGGGUGUGCUUUUUUACCUGUCCAAAUGGUACACGAAGAAGGAGUUAGCCCUGCGCAUGAGUAUCUUCUACUCCGGCUCCUUGCUCAGCGGUGCCUUCGGCAACCUGAUUGCUGCGGGUAUCCUUGAUGGACUGGCAGGUAAGAGAGGUAUGUCGGCUUGGCAAUGGCUGUACAUCAUCGAGGGUGCCAUCACGGUCGCGAUCGGCCUGGCCAUCUGCGUCGUGCUCCCCAACUUUCCCGAAACUUGGAAAGCCUUGUCGCCGGAGAUGAAACAAGUUGCCACUCGUCGAUUGGCCAUCGAGGCGGCCGAAGCGGAUAUUGACGAGGGAGGCGGCAUGAGUCAAAUGAAGGGCAUGAAGCUGGCAUUCGCUGAUGCUAAGACAUAUCUCCUUGCUAUUGCGUACAUGUGCCUCACAGCCGCUAGCGGGUUCCAGAACUUCUUUCCGACCUUGACAGAGACGCUGGGUUAUAACCGAAUCAUCACCCUGCUCUUGGUAGCGCCACCGUACAUAUUUAUGGUGGUGUAUAGCCUUGCCCAUUCAUACCUGUCUGAUCGUUUCGGCUAUCGAUUCUGGUUCUUUGUCAGCCCGAUUCCCAUAACGAUCGUGGGAUUCAUUAUCUUCAUGACGACCGACUCCUUCGGACCUCGGUAUUUCUCCUUUUUUCUGAUGAUCUUCGUCUUUGCGCAGAACGGCACGAUAUACUCCUGGAUCGCGAACGCGAUUCCCCGGCCUCCAGCGAAACGAGCUGCCGCUUACGCGUUUAUCAACUCGGUAGCCAACUCGGCCAGUAUCUGGACGCCGUACACUUACCUAGAGCAGGAAGCACCGUAUUACUACACUGCCAUGGGGGUAUGUAUCGGGAUGCAGGUUCUUAGCGCCAUCAUGGCGGCCCUCUUAUACUUCCAUCUGAGCUCUCAGAACAAGCGCCUGGCUCGGCUGGAGGAUGAGGACGUGAUUUUGACGGACAAGGAAAUCCGGCGGCUGCAGAAGACGGCGGAAGUGGAAGGAAUUGAUAUUGCGGCGGCGCGUCAGCUCCAGAGAGGGUUCCGUUAUGUGACCUGAACUGUAUAAGGUGUAUAACGAAUCACUUUUUCGAUAUCAA